UAGGUUUUUUCUUAUUAUUUUUUUCUCCAGUAAAUCUUUUAUAAAAAGUGCGUGGAACAGAGCAUCAUCGGAGCAGCAGGGAUGGAUAACGUAUAGGUGUGUGUGUGUGUGUGUGUGUGUGUGUGUGUGUGUGUGUGUGUGUGUGUGUGUGUAGUAGUGCUGCAGUAGAAGUGAUGAUGAUGAGGAUGAUGAUGAUGCUCGAAACAGAAAGCAGCAGCAGCUCCUGAAUGCAGUGAGCACCGGAGGACAGCGCCGGGUUGCGGGAGCGCGUGACGCUUGGGUUCGGUUCGGUUCGGUUCGGUUGGGUGACUCGCUGUUCCGGUUCGGUUCUGUUCGGACAGAUGUCUCAGUCACGGAAACGGAAAUGGCUUCCGGAUCCAGCACGAGGACUGCGAGAGGAGGAGAGCAAGAGGAAGAGGAAGACUUCGUGGACUGCGCGAGGUUCCUCCGGCGCGCCUCCGGGGCGCGUGUAGUGGGCGCGCGCGUGGGAGGGAUGCUGUCGGUGCUGCUGCUGCUCGUGCUGCACGGUGUGCUCGCCGACUCCGAUGAAAGAAAUUACGAAGCGUCCGGAUCGUUGGUAUCGUCUCUGGACCAUGGAUCCCUAUCCACCUCUUCUCUCCGGCCAUCCGGUUUGCUUAUGAUCGAUGACACUCCUGACUCUGUCAUCCAUUCUGAUCCUACAAGUCAACAAAAAGACAUGAGAGAGAUAUCUCUGUCAGCCAGAACAGCUGCGAAACCACAGCUCGCUCUUCGUUCAGGCUCCACUCUGAAGAGUCUUGUUAAGAGCACAGAUCAAACUAAGCAUUCACCUGAACUUUCUAUUCAGAGAGCAGAGCCAUCUUUUAUGGUCCCUUCCUCUGCUGUGGUGCACAUUAGAAACCAGUCCUUUACAGAGAAGUCAACGCUGGACCAGUUGAUGUCGAGUCUUCCACCUUCUGUCCAGACAUCUCAAGACAACAGGCUUCACGUGAAAGGAAAUGACUCUGAUUUACCUCUGUUACAAAUGAUAAGUCCUUCAUUCCCCAACAAAACUGGAAACACCUCAGUCCAUUUAGAACUACUACUUACCCAGGAACUACCAGCUAGCAAUUUCCCUCAACUCACCACCACGACCACCACAACUGCCUCCACAACCACUACCACGACCACACAACCCACUCCGUUAACCAGCACCACAUCAACAACAACCACAACUACCCUGAAGCCUCCUAGAACUAUUGCACCUACUGUGGCCCUUAAAUGGCCCACCUCCAGCCAGCGUAUCAGGACCGGUCCACCCCGGACCACCACCACCACCACCACUACCACUCAAAGUUCUCCACUGAACUGCAACAUAACCGACCGGUUGUGGGUUAAAACAGUUCUUUCCAUCCACAUCCGGAGGAACCGGCUGGACAAUAUUCUGAAACAGAACCUUCUGAAAGGUCUGACUCUGGCACUGACGAAGGCUUUAAACGACAGCGGUGUCCGUCCUCAGAUUGAAAGUAUGUCCACGGUGCCCAACGUGACCGUGGGUUAUUACGUAAUCCGUGGCGAUAUGGUCUACGUCACGUCCGUCGUAGUGGAGGCUCUGAGCUCCUAUGGCAUGGACAGGCUGAUGGCGGAUAUCCGGCAGUUCGUGCCCAUGCUGCAGGCGGUGCCAAUCCCAGCAGCCCCCUGGAGGCCAAAUCCUGCUAUUUCACUCAUGCUGAAGACAGUUUUGAGAUUUGUAGGACCAGGAGAUGAUCUGAGGUCCUGCAGGUUUGUGCAGCUGAUGGAAGAGAGGCUGGAGAACGCUUUUGCUGAGGCUCAGGCCAAAGUGAUGAACUCCUACAGCACACUCAGCGUGCAGAUUCUGGGUGUGUCUCAAUCAUCCGGUUCUCCCGCAGUGUCUCUUACGUACGUGGUGCAUAACAAAACCGGGACCCUAAAUGGCACCAUAGCCAGUAACUUGCUGAGCCACCUGACUGCUGAGCUUGUGGGCUACUUCCUGUUUUACCCUCCACUCAUCACUGCAGAGCCUUUGGAGUACCACAACCUCAACACCUCGGCAGACACUAAGGAUUUCUGGGUAAUCACAGUGAUUCAGGAUGUGGAGAACUCGUCUCUGGAGGGUCAGUACCAGAGCUUUGCCAGUCUGAUGGAGCAACGCUUGGCAGAGCUCUUUGUGAUAGCACAUCAGCAGGGUGCCCGCUUUAAACGUGCAACCACAGUGGGCAGCUACACUGUUCAGAUGGUUGGCAUGAGGCGAUUGGUAGGUCCAAAAAACCCAGCAGAACUCACCUAUUAUGUGCAGAUGAAUGGAACACCAGUCCCUGGUACAACUGCAGCUAAAAUCCUGAACACUCUGGACUCUCAGACCAUGGCUCUGACCCUGGGAUAUUUUGUCCAGCUCCAAGCUGAAGCUGUGUUGAAGGGCCCUUCCAACAAUCUGUGGCUCAUCGCUUCUGUCUUGGCUCCUAUUGGCAUCGUCACAAUCAUCAUCAUCAUCAUUACUGCUGUUCUUUGUCACAAAAACAAGGGCGACUUUAAAACCGACGGAAUUGGCAACCUGAAUCCACGGGUUAAGACAACGUACAGGAGAGACAUUAGUUAUCACCAGCCUGUUCAGGGGUUCGACUAUGCGAAGCAGCAUUUGGGUCAGCUCGGCACCGACGAGGACAGUGCUCCUCUUCCUCAGGUUCCGCUACCCAUCCGAGACACCUCUCUUUCCCUGGACAAAGUCAUCCAUCCUGACGGCACCAACCACAAGAAGACCCUCGGUGGUGAAAUCCGGAAAAGCAGGUUGCCGAGCGAGGACGGUUCUGCGGUCAGUGUCGAAUCGGCGAGGCCCAUCUCGGUACGGGGCUCCACGGCGAAGAAAAUCACGACACAGCAAAAUCUUAUGAAGGAGGAAAGUAAAAAGAGGACGGAUCCGUAUGACACCUCAUCAGGAUCUCUGAAGCUCAUCUCUGUAAAACCAAUAGCAGCACCACCGGCACACUUGCCGACGUCUUCAGACCGCAGCCAGGAUUCGGCUGCUCCGAACGGCGAGGUAAAUUUGGCUCUGAAGCAGAAGUCAGACAUCGAGCAUUACAGGAACAAGCUAAGGCUGAAAGCUAAGAGGAAAGGUUACUACGACUUCCCAUCGGUCGACAGCAACGCCGGCUCCAAGGCUCCGAGACACGGAAGCGAAAAAGCCGAACACAUCCCGGCGACGAGACCGUCUAGCAGAACCCCGGAGUACGACGACGACCGGAGCUCCACGUACGUCAAAUCUCGCAGGAGACAUUCUGAGGUAAAAUAUCCAGAGUAUCGGAGCAGGCAAUCUUUAAACAGUCCGAGUCCCGGAGGGACCGAGAUGGACCUGCUGGUGAUGAGAGAACGACCCCGGAAAGGUAUCAGGAACAGCGGCUAUGACACGGAGCCUGAAAUCAUUGAGGAGACCGAUGUGGAUGGCUUGGCUGCUCGCCGUCACUACAGCUAUGGACGGCAGGUCAAAGGUCACUCGGAGGCGUCCACACUGAGCUCACAGCCUUCUAUAGAUGAAGUGCGUCAGCAGAUGCAUCUGCUGUUAGAGGAAGCCUUCAGCCUGGCGUCUGCAGGUCAUACCUCAUCUGGCAGAGGGCAGCACUACCAACAGCAGCACCAGGCAGUUAGCCCUUACAGCCCCAGCCCUUCUGUUCCCUACUCUGAGGGGCCAACUAGCAUGCCUGACACCAUGAACCACGCCCAAGGUGGACUGCAGUGGGUACCAGCCUAUGGCCCGGACCUCUAUCAGUGCAGCCUGACCAAACCGACCUUCAGGUUCACUCAGCUGCCGGAGAUGGCCACAGUCUCUCCUCCUCCUCCUGUUCCACCCAGAACAGGCCCAGCGCCCAGGAGCUCACUGCAGAGUGAUGAAAAAAAGUCGACGCAUGUUCCACGUUUCUUCAGGUCUUCCUCGGAUCUGGUCCCAAAGGCUCGCAGCUCUGAAUCAUCGGUGCCGGACGUGUCGAGUCAGCAGGACGGCAACACGUACGUGCCAAUGAGCAGAGGGCCACUCGCACCCGUCACCACCGAGCCUGUGCUCAACCACUCAGGAAACCCCAUGACUGCUGUGUACUCCAUCCCAGCCAGCAGGCCCGGAUACCCCGGAUACUUCAUCUCCACUCCUCCUUCGUCCUAUCACAGUCCAUCGUGGAUGUCGUAUCCCCCGGAGCCCGAGGACAUGUCCACACCAUGGACCGAAACUGCUCCGUUGCCCGGUUACGCCGAAGCUUUUCCGAACCCUCGUUACCCACGUGGAAGUUCUUUCCAGUGGAACCCCAGCCAGGCCGCGUCUCCUCCUCAGACGGAACCCGAUCUGUCUGCUGAAGCGCUGGACAUGAUCACCCCCAUCACGUUGUCCACCUCGGCUCUGGUCCAGGCCAUACGUGACGAGGUCGCCAAGCUGGCCAGGAAGCAGGCGGACAUGUUUGAGUUCCAGGUCUAGAUCCGGUUCCUCCUGCAGAACCUGAAGACAAACUGUAAACUGCAGUAUCGAGCUCUUGAGCGCUCUUCUUACCCGCUCUUAGGCUGCAGCAAGACUCGAUUUUACUCGAAACUUUCAUUCUUUAAAGGAGCUUCAAGGUGUGUUGUGUGUUUUAUGAAAAUCCUGCCUGUUUAUACAGCUUUGUCUCCUUUCCUACACCGGCAUUAUAUUUGAGCGUCGAGUAAAGAAAGCUUCGGGAUAAAAGACAACAUCAAAUCCAUCGCUUCUUUCAUAUCUACAGGAAUGAUGAAUGAUGAUGGUUAUGAAAAAAAAAAUCUCUGAAUAUUAAAAUUUCUUUGUUCCCUUUU